AUCGACUACCCCACGGAUGAGUCUGCGAUUGACGACUCCCCCGGCCCAUCACCAGCUCCAUUGCUGCCGCCGUUGUCGUCGUUCAGCUGCCCCCUUCCGCAGUCCCAACAACAAUCGCAACGACAGGGCGGCAGCUCGACGAUGCUUCCUCCUGCGGCCACGACCAAUAAUAACACUAAUAAUGCGGCUAAUCGGGCGCAAAUACCACAGCAUGCCCCCACCGACUCUCUGUCGCUGAUGCAGCUGCGGCGCAUCGUGGCCACGGUCAAUGCUACUGAGCCCGCGGCAUAUGACUUUGUCUACUCAGAUAUGGGCCCCCACGCCGAGGAGAUAGACGAGUGGUUUGUGUAUCAAUUCUGGCAGUGGGUGCGCCUUAAUGCGGCGCAAAAGGCCUUUGAGUGGCACUGGAAGCACGAGUCGGGCGGCAAGCAUGGUUGGGACGAUGCGGACCACGACACGAGGGCGAAAUUUAUACAGGGCGCCAUUGCUGGCGUGCAGUCGAGCGAUGCAGCUCUGAGGGCAAACUCGAUUGGCAAGAUUAUGUAUCUGGUUUUGGGUAGGUGGGGGGAUACGGCAAUGCCGCACGCGACGGAUGAGGCGAGCCGGUCGAUUGCAAGCAUCCCUCAGUUACAGGCGAUAAAGGCGGGUGUGACGUGCUUGACGUCACUGGGAGGACUGUCGGUCGUUUGGGAAGCGCUGAGGAACGUCUUUGAGAUCCACUGGUAUGAGGAGUCUAACGUGGAUAGGACUGGCGAUAUCCAACAAGGCAGUGCUCAGGAUGCUCAAGACGAACUGAUGAAUCUCCUGACGAUUAUGUAUAUUGUUGUUCAGGAGACAUUGAAUGAUCCCGAAGACAUGGCUUCGACUGAAGCAAAACUGCUUGAGCUGAAUCCCUCGCUGGUUGAUUUUUUGAUGCUGGUUACGUCCAAGCUGAGAUGGGAUGAACAAAACACCAUGCCUCAUACCCAGAUUUUCCUAUUGUUCUGGAAAUCGAUCCUCCUGGUCUUUGGUGGAACCAAAGAUCUUGAGCGUGUCAAGGAAGCCACCAGCGAGUUGACAACUGGAGACAAGAGCAAAGAUACCAUCACGGCAAACCCCCUGGACUAUCAUGUUUUUCGUCAGGAAAUCACGUCGAAAUACCCGGCCUAUGUCCCUCCACAGCCUUUGAUACCACUAGAGGCUGACAACCCAUCACUUCUUCCACCUCUGCCUAAUUUAGUAAGCCGAAACGGUGCGAAUGGCAUUAUCCCACAACCACCAAACGUACAAAUGGGAGGAGCAUCUAUCCUUAAUCAGCCAGUACACAUUGCCACCCCAGCACCAUCACCACCGCCGUCUCCGGGGGUCGGUGGUAAGGGAGGCAAGAAGCAAAACUAUCAGACUAACCAAAACUUUCCCUUCAUGUACCCUCCUCUGGAUGCCACCAGUAACAGCGCUGGCGGGAAGGGUGAAGCGGGGUAUGGCAACCCUCUGGUUUCCAGAAGAUGGGAGGGCAGCGAUAUUCCCGCGUCAAUCCUUGAGGCUGGACAACUGUUCUCUUCGCGUGUCAGGAUGACCCGGGCAACUCGUCAGCUUUGGGAGGAGCGAGAGCGAUUCCUCAAGUUUGAACGCGGCUGGGAGACUGAUGACGAUGCCGACGAAAGCGACAAUGAUGAUAUUGAGGAACUUGAUCUUAAUGAGCUCACGUUGGAAGAGAGAGAGGUGUUGCGUGAACUAAGAGCGGAAGACAACAAAGAGAAGAAGAAAAAAGAGCGAUCACUCCCAGGCCCUGAGCUUGAUCUUGGCCCUCAACCAGAGAGAUUGAGUGAGCGAGACAAGCAACGACUCAUGGCGGUAGAACGUUUCUAUAGCGAUGCCUUGCCUCAUCUUCAGUCCAUUGUGAUUGUUUUGCUUCGUCCCAUCCUCGUUAAUGUCACGGCCAUAGUGACCCAGCAGCAGAAUCAAAUGGCAGGAAUGACUAAUAGGGCUAACAAUCCUGGUGUUAAUGGCCAUGGGUCGCAGAGGGGUAUGGAUAUGGGCGGACAAGGACAGUCAGAGCAAGAAGGGGAACCGACUCCUGAAGAGAUUGACGCCACUCGAACAAGGGAGAUUACUUCGAAGGCUAUGACAGCAAUUCUCUUACUCUUACUGAAGUGGCUUAGACUCUCGCAUGUUCUCAAGUUUGAAUACUUGACUCAGCUUCUGCUAGAUUCUAAUUAUCUCCCCUUGGUCCUCAAGCUCUUUGCUCACCAAGACAUUCAACAAGUGGUCGACAGUAAGAUGGAUCAUGUUGAAAAUAGCUUCUUCCAAUUUUGCAACAUUCGGUCAAAAUUUAAGGACAAGACUGAGAGCGAUGCGGACAACGAAGAGGAAGACAUGGACGAAGAAGACGUUCAAGACAGCGAGGAUGAAGCAGCACCACCGCCGAUUAAGAGGCAGCGAGAGCUAGAGGAACCGGUCGUGGACCAGAUGGAAGAUGUUGCCGUCGACAGCGAAGAACACGUCCCGAUGAGGCCCGAGGUGGACGAAAUGGGACUACCCCUGGGCUCUCUUCCGUUAGAGCCCAUUACCGACUUCUCCAGGAGGAACUUUUUCUCCCUAAUCAACUACCUCAGGGUGAUGCAGAAAAUUUGCAAGAACAAGGCGCACCGCAACCUGCUGCUUGUGCAGUACAAGUCAUCCACCAUCCUUAAGAAAUCCCUGCGGGUACCCCAACCAGAGCUUCGGCUAUACACGCUCAAGCUCUUCAAGGGCCAAGUGCCGUACUGUGGUCGUAAGUGGAGGCAGUCCAACAUGCGCGUCAUCACAGCCGUCUACCUCCACUGCCGGCCCGAGCUCCGCGACGAGUGGCUCGCGGGGAGCGACAUUGACGCGGAGGUGGACUCGGCGCUGCCGCUGGAGCAGGCGCUGCGUAGCUUGACGCAUUGGCUGAACGUGCGGAGGUACCCGGAGAAGAUUGCGGCGGAUAUCCGGAUUGCCAUGAGGGAGGAGCAGGACUUUUUCUCGAGGGAGCUGGAGAAGGUGGAUUUGAACUGGACGGAC